AUGAUAAAAUUCAACACGAGGUCAUUUGUACGCUAUGUUCAUGUUUAUCAGGCCAAAAAGCUUUCUAAGGGGGUGAUUGAGUCAGCUGCCACACAUGAUCUGCUGCAAUGGCUGGGAUUUGUCAAACAAACGCAGAGCGGAUUGGUACAUUGGCUUCCUAUGGGCCUUCGAACUCUCAACAAGAUCACGCACGUAAUAAAGUACCGAAUGAACACAUACGGCCGUGCACACGAAGUUUCUCUCAGCACAUUGUCCCCACGCGCACUUUGGCUGCGUACCGGUCGGUGGGGAAACUCUGAACUUUUCAAAUUGAAGGAUUCGAAAGGCGCUGAAUAUUGUCUAGCUCCUACAUGCGAAGAAGAGAUAACAUCACUGAUUGGAGCAUAUGUGUCAAGUUAUAAAGACCUACCAUUAUUGGCGUACCAAGUCACAAGAAAAUACAGAGAUGAGAGGCGCCCUCGUGGAGGUUUGCUGAGGGGUCGUGAAUUCCUCAUGAAAGAUGGCUAUUCAUUUGAUGUUACUAAAGAGAGUGCCAUUGAGACCUUCAACAGAAUGAACAAAUGUUAUGAUCUAAUUUUCCAGGAUCUACGCGUACCGUUCGUGAGUGCCUGGGCAGAUUCGGGUGAUAUUGGAGGUGAUAUGAGCAAGGAGUAUCACUACUUACACGAAACUGGAGAGGAUGUUCUCAUGAAAUGUACAUCUUGUGAGUCGGUAUCGAAUGUUGAGACUUGUAAUUCAUAUCCCGUUAAGGAAGGCGAGCACGGCGGCGACGUGGAUGUCCGUUACGCUUUGAAUAAAGAGAGAGAUACGCUGCUAUGUCUCUACUACCCUAAAGGCCGUACACUCAAUUGGAAUCAUGUAAAAGGAAUUAUGGACGAUGACAUUGAUCUAGCUCUAAGGGAAACUAGCAACGAUAAGAUUCUCGAAAUCUUCUCGGAGAAAUACCCUGAGGAUGAAGCCAUGUUUGCCUCAGUUAUCCGAGUUAUGGAUUGCAGGUUAAAUUCACACUCAAACUUCCCAGACUUCCCAUUAAAGCAAUAUUUGAAGAGUAAUUUUGCACAACUCACGGGCGAGAGUUUGGUGGACGCCGUGCACCAGGAAAUCUGCGGAGAGUGCAAAGAAGGAUCGCUUGAAGCUGCCAAGAGUAUUGAAGUUGGCCACACAUUUUAUCUCGGUACAAAGUACUCAGAACGUCUUGAUGGGAAGUUCAUGACCAAGGACAAUAAUGAACAGCUCAUGGAGAUGGGGUGUUAUGGCAUAGGCGUCAGUAGGCUGGUUGGCGCAAUUGCUCAGGUGACACGCGAUGAGAAAGGUCUCAGAUGGCCUAAAUCAUCUGCACCAUAUGAAAUAUCGCUCUGUGCAGCGCAGUUUGAUUCUAAAGUUGAAGAGGCGCGCGACUUACUCUCGAGUCACGCGGACGAACUGUGGAUAGAUGCAAGGGACAAAGUGAGCCUAGGCCGUAAAAUUUCUCAGAGUCACUGUCUCGGAAUCCCACUUUGCGUGAUUGUCGGUAACAAGCAUUGGCCUCACGUGGAAAUCGAAGUGCGCGGCCGCCGUGUCAGCGACCAAUGGCACGCUAAGUACAACCAGCUCGCACAGGAAUACCAAUGGACCAUGCUCCCCGCCUCUAAUGAUGCAUUUGAGAAGCACCGUGUGCACAAGAACCAUCUCAGUGAUGUAGCUGCCAUUUUAUUGACGGAUAUGUAG